AUGUCAUCUUUGUCAGAUCUUGAUGAUGAUUGUCAGUCAGCGGUCAAAGUCCCGAACCCUCCAUCACCGCUUAGCGGUCUUUUGAGUUUGCCUUACUUUGUAAAGUGUGAUGCCAAAGCGGGUGUGAAUGGGGAAAACAGUGACAAAUCGGAUAUUUACCUCGAUUCCGUUGGGCUUAUAAGAAAGUAUAAUUAUCCGGCGGAAGUACAUCCUGUAACAACAGACGAUGGGUAUUUACUGAACUUAUUUCGAAUACCAGGGCAGGGACCGUCGAUUUUAUUAGUGCACGGAAUUGGAGACAGUUCGGAUUCGUGGCUAGUUCUUGGACCCGAAAGCUCUUUGGCUUUUUUAUUAGCAAAUGCAGGAUUUGAUGUGUGGUUGUUUAACGCAAGAGGAAACAGAUAUAGUAAGACUAAUAUAAACAUGUUAUCGACUAAACGGUUUUGGAACUUUAGUUUCGAAGAGAUGGGAACUCACGAUCUACCAGCCACGAUUGAUUACAUUUUAAAUAAAACGUUUCGUCCCAAACUUACAUAUAUUGGAUAUUCACAAGGUACGACAACAUUUUUAAUUAUGUGCAGCUCGAAACCUGAAUAUAACGAGAAAAUAAAUCAUGCCCUGUUAUUGGCUCCAGUUACUUGGUUAACGUACACAAAGUAUCCCUUAAUGAAAUUCUGGGCUCAAAUUGUUAAUAAACUGAUGAACUUUUCUGAAAGUGCAAAGGUUUACGAAGUGUUUUCUUUUAAUAAAAAAAUAAGAGACUAUCACGCUACAGUGUGCGAUACAAAAUCUGUGUACAAUUUUCUGUGUUACGCAGAGUAUUAUUCAGGCUUUGGUUUAAAAAAUUUAAUCGAUUUAAUACCUGGGAGACUGCCUAUUAUAGCAAGUCACAUACCGGCGGGAACAUCGGCGAAAACAUUUUUUCAUUUCAUUCAAAUUUACGCCAGUAAAAGAUUUCAAAGAUACGACUAUGGGUUCGAGAGGAAUAAAGAAAUGUAUUCAUCCGUUAAGCCACCAGAAUAUAAUGUUUCAAUGAUUUCCGUACCAAUUACGUUAUUUGUGAGUGAAGUGGAUUGGUUCGGUGAUACAGAAGACGUGAACACAUUGAAAAGCAAAUUAAACAGUAUUGAACAGGUUGUGGUUAUAAGUAAAAGCGCCGAAUUUAGCCACCUUGAGUUUGUUUACGGUUCUCGUGUAAACAACUAUAUUAAUGAACCAGUGAUAAAUAUUUUAAAAGCAGUGUCUUUACGGUAA